AUGAACUGGAACACGGAUGAUGAGAGUGAUGGGCAUCAUAGAUGUCUGGGGACUCUUUUUCCAGAGAACAAUUAUGAAUGUAGAAAAUAUGUGGAGGUCUUUGAUCCAAGCACCAACCUUAUACAUAAGAGCAUACAUCUGGAAGAGAAUCCUUCUAAAUAUAAUGAAUGUGGGAAAACACUUAACAAGUCCUCCAAUGCUGGGGAUCAAAGGAGGAUUCGUGUGGGAAAAACCCCAUACACAUGCAGUCAACCUGGGGACUUACUUCGUCAGUCAUCAAGACUACAUACAAACAAGACAAUCCAUACUGGAAAGAAAGGUUAUAUUUGUGAGGAGUGUGGCAAAGCCUUCAACUGGAACUCAGCACCAAUUCAACAUGAGCUAAUGCACACUGGAGAGAACCCUUACAAAUGUGCAGAAUGUGGAAAAACGUUUAAUUAUGGCUCAUCAGUAAAUGGACAUAGACUAAUUCGUACUGGAGAGAAACUUUACACACACAAAAAAUGUGGGAUUGUCAUUACCCAACACUCUCCUCUUACCGAACAUCACCGAAUCCGUACUGGAGGGAAACCUUAUGAAUGUAACGAAUGUGGCAAGGCCUUUAAGUGGUCCUCAGACCUUACCAGGCAUUACCGAGCCCAUACUGGAGAGAAGCCUUAUCAAUGUGAAGAAUGUGGCAAGGCUUAUACCUACUCCUCAGGCCUUUCCAAACAUCACAAAAUCCAUACCGGAGAGAAGCCUUACCAAUGUCAAAAGUGUGGCAAGUCUUUUAAGUAUUCCUCUGCCCUUAAUCAACAUCACCGAACCCAUACUGGAGAGAAGCCUUACCAAUGUAAGGAAUGUGGAAAGGCCUAUAAGUCAUCCUCGGCCCUUAAUCAGCAUCACCGAAUCCAUACUGGAGAGAAGCCUUACCAGUUGAAGUGUUACCAAUGUAAUGAAUGUGGCAAGGCCUUUAAGUGGUACUCAGUCCUUUCUCAACAUUACCGAAUCCAUACUGGAGUGAAGUGUUACCAAUGUACUGAAUGUGGCAAGGCCUUUAAGUGGUCCUCAGUCCUUUAUCAACAUCACCAAAUCCAUACUGGAGUGAAGCGUUACCAAUGUAAUGAAUGUGGCAAGGCUUUUACCUCCCGCUCAGACCUUACCAAACAUCACCGAACCCAUACUGGAGAGAAACCUUACCAAUGUCAAGAAUGUGGCAAAGCCUAUAAAUCAUCCACAGGCCUUAAACAACAUCACCAAACCCAUACUGGAGAGAAACCUUACCAAUGUCAAGAAUGUGGCAAAGCCUAUAAAUCAUCCACAGGCCUUAAACAACAUCACCAAACCCAUACUGGAAAGAAACCUUACUAA